AUGCUAAAGCUCUACGGCGUCGGCCGCGGGCGGCCCAAACAGGCCACGCCUGCUCCAUCUUCUUCCGGAGAGAAUCGCGAGCUUGACGCUGCGUCCCAAGAGGUCCCUGCGGCUGAGCCUGUGUCCGGAGACACAGGCAGCAGCGGCGCCGCUGGCGCAUGCACCCUCGCGUCGGCGCCCACGCAGGAGCGACGGCGGUUCCCCGGGGAGAUCCGCCUGCAGAAGGAGUUGGAAGACUUGGAUCUCCCCGUUCAGUGCGUCUUGACGUUUUCUUCUGCGUCCACGGGCGCGCGAGGAAGCUCAGGAAGCGGCGGCGCGAUUCCGGCGGCCGCACACGGUGCGGGGAGUUUGCUCGACAUGCAACUGAAGAUCUCCCCCGACGACGGCUACUGGAAAGGCGGAAAGUUCCUCUUUGUGAUUUCCGUUCCUCCCAACUACCCCCAUGACCCCCCCAAGGUCAAGUGCGUCGACAGGAUUUUUCACCCCAACAUUGAUCAACAGGGAAACGUGUGUCUAAACAUCUUGCGAGAGGACUGGAAGCCGGUCCUCUCCAUCUCCUCUGUCAUGUACGGCCUGCUGCACCUGUUUCUGGAACCGAAUCCGAGCGACCCGCUCAACCAGGAAGCCGCGGCGCUGCUGCGCUCCAACCCCGCCGAGUUUCAGAGACAAGUGAGACUCUCGCUGCAUCGGUAG